AUCUCGAACAAAGGCCAACCAACUCCGAUCCUACGUCUGUCUCGCUCUUUUCUUUCUUUUCCUCCUUCAUCAAAGCAAAGCUCGAUACAAUCGAACGACCAUGUUAUAGUUCAUCCAUCAUCUCGUGCAACGGCCCUCUCCAACUACGAAUCUGCGCCGUUUGGAUGGCAACGCUCCCGACAUCACCAUCACACGCAUCACGCCCAGCCUUAUCGCUUACGCGUCAUCCUACUCCUAUCCUCUACCACCGACAGCCUCGAAUCGAUCCAUCCAUCUAAGACCUCCAUUCCCUCUUCCCUCUCUCCCGCUCGAUCGAUCGUCCCGAGAAUAAGCAACGCGACACAGACCUUGAGAAAGCUAGCCGACAACGUAACCCUUCUGCGGGCGACAUUUCUUUUUUCUUCGUCUCUUGCCAAAACAAUAAAGAAAAAAAGAAAAAAGAAUCCAAAUGCUCCGCAGAAAAGAGGUCUACACGACCAUCACGCCCAUCCCCGGCUUCAUCCCCCGCCAGCUCGCCAUCGACAUCCUCCACUCCCACUCCGAAGUCAUCACCCUUAACCCCCUCGUCCUCGACCACAAACCCAUCCCCGCGCCCCGCGACGCCGCCGCCGACGAGUACUACUCGACAUGGUACGAGAUCACCGAGCGCAUGCAAUGGAUCCCCGGCCUGGGCAAGAUGGGCUCCGGCAAGAUCAAGUUCACCGGCUGCUUCCACGACAUGCCCUGGGGCCUGCAGACCCACACCUACGUCCCCAUGGGCAUCGACAUCCGCAUCAAGUACCGCAUCGACGGGAACCAGCCGGGCCUCGAGCCGCCGCAACCCCCGGAGCUGGGCCUCGCCGAGCUGGGCGCCCCCGCCGACGGCCUCUACCUCCGCGAGGACAUUGAGAUCCGCUGCAACGUCACCAUGGUCGGCUUCGUCAAGUCCGAGCUGAAAGCCGCCUCCAAGGAGAUGGUGUCGCGCAUCAUCAAGAAGGCCGAGCUCCUCGACGCCGGCGUCCUGUCCGCCAUGUUCGAGGACGGGAAGCUGCGCACCAUUAAUCCCAACGACCGUUCUCAGAGCGUCCGCCUCAAGUCGCCACCGCCGUCUACUACCAGCCCCAGUGCCUACAGCACCCAUGCUGUCCUCGCCGGCACCGACCGUCCCGGAACCGCCGGGUCGUCUGCGCCGUCUUAUUACCCCCAGCACCCCCACCACUACCACCCCCAACAGAAGCCGCAGCAGCCGCAGCAGCAGCAGCAACAAUAUCCCCAGUAUCCACUGACUCAAAUCGCGGAAUUGCCUCCAGCACAUGUCCCUCUCCACCAUCCUGUCGAACAGACAACCUUCAUCGCCGAACUCCCGGGGAACUACUACCACCCACAAACCUCCCCGAGGCUGCCCCAACAACAACAGCAACAGCAACAAGCAGACACGCCCCUCCCUUCGCCCAACCUCCACAACUACAACCCCAACCGCGACUCCCGCGACUCCCGCGACUCCCGCGCCUCCGUCCUGUCCAACACCAACAGCGGCAUGUGGCGCUCGCCACAGCCGAGCCCGCAGUUCCCCCCCCCCGCCGGCCAGCCCAGUCCGUUGUUCGCCUCGUCGAGGCCGACGUCCCUUGCUUCGUCUGCCCCGAGACAGUCGUGGCCCGUGGAUACGGAACAGGCGGGGAAGGGCUAAGGCGGGGUGUAUGCAGAUGUCUAACGCGUAAGGGGGGGAGAGACGUUGUUUUUAAUUCAGGAUAGUGCUUGGAAUCCGGUCUUGGGAUAAUGGAUGUCAUGUUUCACAUGUAUCGACUGAAUAUGGAAAUAUUGGGAAAAUUAUGUUUGACCUCGAUGAUGGAGCAUUCUUGUCAUUUGUCAUUUGUCUGUAUCAUAGUAUGAGUUGAACGGAUUCGGAUGUGCCCGUCAUAUAGACUCGUCCAUCCUCCAUCCACUUAAAACUAUUCGCACGUCA